AUGAGCUUACAAGAUAGCCUCUUCUCCGAGGACGUGGAGCACGACGUGACUCUAUUUUCAAAAGAUAAGAACGAAAAAGACAAGUCUAAUAUUGUUACGAAAUGGGUUUACAAGAAUGGAAUUACGCAGCAGCAAACGAAAGUGAAACUGGCCGGCUCAAGAGAUCCGAAAUUGGAUGGUGAACAGUGUACAUCGAAUUGUACAACAAAAAGUAUUGGUACGUUGCUCGAGAUGGGCAUUGAAGGUCAGCGAUCACCUUCCGCAUCUCCUGAACGAGUACGAAUUCAAAGACAAGUGAAAUCAACGCCAACAGUUGAAAUCUAUAGACCACCAGCUGUUAGGAGGGCUAGAAAUGAACUUCAAACAAAUAUGGACCAAGUUCAAACACAAGCAGAUUCAUCUAUUGGAAAAACUUCUCGUCAAAGAAGGCCAGAUCGUGCAGUUUAUGUACCAAGACAUCGUAGAAGUUUAGAAACAGAAGGGAGUCCUCAACCAUUAGAAUCUAUUCGUAUAAACCGUACAAUUAAAGAUAAUUUGUCUUUAUUUUCUGCUUCUCAUGGAAAAUCGAAUUUAAAUAUUAAAGAAGCAAGCUCUGAUAUACAAGAAAGUAAAGAAUGCAUAGAAAAAGAAACUUUUGAUGAUGAUCAAAAUACGGAAUUUGAUUUUAAUAUAUGUUUUCAAACAGAAACAAAAGGAAUAACUUCUUCAAAAAUACCUAUAGCAAAAAGUAAUAAUAAAGAACCAAUUGAACAAUUAGAAAAUUUAAAUAAAAAUGUGCCAAAUGAUUCAAAUGAUUGUAAUGCUUUUGAAGUUCUUGAAACUUCAUAUGAAAUAACUGAUACAGAUCACUUACAAACGAUUGAAGGACAAGAAAUACCUAGCAAUUUUAGUGAGAAUAAGAGUAGUUUAGAUUCAGUUGAAACAUGUAUAUAUAAUGAAAUUAAUGUUAAUGAAGAAAUAGACAGAUCUGAUAAAUGUAAAGAUAAUAUUAUUAUGACUAAUUCAACUGCAAAUAAUAAAAAAAAUAUGGAAUUUUCAAAUAAAGAUGAAAUAACGAAUCAAAAAAAUACGCAAAUGAUGCAUCACAAUAUGGUGUCAAACGUGUUAAUUAUCUCAGAUACUAUACAAAAAGAAUCACAAGCUGUUAAAGAAGUUAUUCCUAUAGUAUUACCGGAGAAAAAAGUAAAAAAAAUUGUACGACAAAAAAGUAAACCUGCACCACCACCUUCUCCACCUAUUAAAAAAAUAAAUAGAGAUGAAUGUGAUUGGGAUAGUUUAUUUGAUGAUAAUGGUGACUGUUUAGAUCCAACUCUCAUAGAAGAGUUAACGUCAGCUGUUGGUAAUGUUAUGAUAGAACAACCGAAGAAUGAUUAUAAACCAUAUACCAAACAUAUUGAAGUAUCUAGUGAUGAAUUUGCUCAUGUGGUUGAAAUUUAUAAUUUCCCAUCAGAAUUUAAAACCAGCGAUUUAGCAGCUGUUUUUAGUCCUUUUAAAAAUGGUGGUUUUGAAUUAAAAUGGGUUGAUGAUACGCAUUGUCUUGGAGUCUUCAGUAGUCCUCUUGUUGCUGCCGAAGUAUUGGCAUCGGAUCAUCCAUUUGUUAAAACAAGACCCCUAAGUGAAGCCACGGCUUUAAGCAAAACAAAAGCAAAAAGAAGUGCAGAAUUUUUACAACCCUAUAGAAGUCGCCCAGAAACUUGCGCGGCAUUAGCAAGACGAUUAGUUACGGGUGCUUUAGGAGUGAAAUUAGCCACUGCUAGACAAGAACGCGAACACGAAAAAAAUAUAUUACGCGAAGCUAAAGAAAAACGUAGAUUAGCCAACAAACAGCGAGAAGAUGUCUGGGAAGGUAUUAUUCCCGAAAAGUAGCAUUAUUUGUUGAAAAUGUAAUAUUCAUACAUUGAGAAUUACUUAUAUUAUUAUGUGAGUGUUUUAUGACAUUUACAUGCAUUUGUGCCUUACUCAUCUAUUUUCAUUUUUGACAAACUUUCUUUUGUCGAACUGAUUUGGCGAUUGGUUUUGGGAACACGGGAUAUUACUUGCCAAUAGAUGAGUGUGGCAUGACAAAACUACCAACGGAAAUAUUUACUUAGGACUGGUAAAAUAAAUUUCCAGUGCUUGUUUAUUUUCUACAUAUUAUGCAUAUCACAAUUUUCAGACCAGAAAAUAUUGGAAUAAGUGUGCCUGUUGUACUAUUUUCUAACAGAAGGGUAUUAAGUAUUUUAAGUAAACAUGUAGAUGAAAGCGAUUUAUAGCCUUGACAUAUUAGAAAACUAUAUAAAAACAAACGUAGAAGCGUUUUAUGAUAUAUACGAUUAUUCUUACCUCGAUAGUUGCCUCUGUUAUAUAAAUUUAUAUAUACACCAUAAACAAUACUAUGUUGUGCAAUGAUAAUACAAGACAAUAAAUUAGGAUGGUAGAGAACAAAAAUAUCCUUUUACACAUGCACGCGUGCGUGCACAUAUAUCUCAUAAGUGUCAAUGAGAUAUAAUCAAAUUGUGUCUUCAUAGAAUUAUGAUUUUACAACAUGAACUAUAUUGAAAUACAAUGUGGCAUUUUAUUAUUAUAUGCAACAUAAGAUUAUUAUAGUUACAUUUGUAGUUAAACAAUUAUUAUGCCACUUAUUAUAUUACAUGUACAUAUAUAAAUCUGUUAUAUAUAUGUUAAAAAUUUGACGCACAAUCACAAUCUAUCUAUUUACUUACAUAAAUUACAGAUUUUUUUAAAAGAAAAAAAUAUGAAUCAGAUUGUAUUUUUAUAUACAAUUGUUACCAACAGAGGAAUAAAGACAUGUAUCGCCAAAUCCUAGUCAAUGUAUGAAAGAAACAUGUUAUCUAUAUUGUAUAUUAUAUUACUGAAUUUUGUCAGAAAUUGACAAAAGGAUUAAAAAAAGAAUAAAAAUAUUUUAUGUACUAUA